GAGGAUUGAUCAUGUCAUCGAGUUAUUCAUGGAUAACGGGGUGCGUGACUUUGGACUGCCAAGUCCAUCGUCAGUGAUAGAGAUGUCUGUUUCACAAGCGAGAUGUGGAAGAAGACUGCGGAACAGAUGGGCAGUCAACUCGAGUGGUGCAACGGACAGGCUGAGCAGAUGAACCGAGUGGUGCAGCAUGUGCUGAGGCAUUACAUUAAGCACAACCAGAAUGACUGGGAUGAGAAGUUGCCUGUCAUCGCCAGCUUGUACAACAACGCUAUAUUACUGGAGGGAAUUGUUCACAAUGUCGAAGGUGAUGUUAGCAAGGAUCAUCAGGGAAUAGAUAAAGUGCAUGCAAGCCCAACUGAGGCUGCCAUUCUGAAGUGGGGGCUAAUGAUUGGCAUGCGGUUCAGGGAAAUGAAGCAGUCAAUUUUGAAAGUUGAGCCAUUCAACUCGACACGGAAAUGUUCUGGUGUUGUGAUGAAGCUCACAGAUCAAUCAGGUGUCCGUGUUCACUGGAAAGGUGCUUCAGAAAUGAUCCUUCAGAUGUGUGAAGACUGCUAUGAUGUUGAGUCCAAUCGCUUGGAGCCUUUGACGAAUGCGAAGCAGCAGGGCUACGGUCAGAACUUCGAUGCCUGGGCCCAGGCCCAGACAUUGGAACAGUUCGUACAGUUCGUGUACAACAGGUGGCAUGACCCGCAAGGGGCUCAAAAGGCCACUGACGCUAUCAACAGUCUUUGUGCCAGACGGUACAAGAAUGUUAGAGAGUUGACGGACAGUGUAGAACAUCUGCUUGUGGUACCUGGUGUGCGCUACGACCAGCAGGUACUCCUCACGGAUUACCUUAGAUGUCUGCCUUCAGAGGUAUGGACAAAGCUGGUAGAUGAGGCUUAUGUCGAUCAGCACAACUUCGCCUCUUUCAGCAAGAAAGCCUUAGACAUAGAGGCUAAGUCGGGAUCCGCGCAUCAAAGUCAGGGCGGUGGUAGGAAGAAGAGACUACCCCAAGACUGGAAGAAGAAAGGUCAACUAAUGUUCGUCGACCACGAUGGUCAGGCGACAGAAAUUGACGACUUCCCAGACCUUGGGGAGGAGACAGAGCAUGAUGGGGCUAAUGAGACUUCGGAUGGGGGAGUAGCGGCACCCAUCAAGGAAAAGGCUAGGGGGACUGAGAAAAAGAAGGUAGUACGGUCCACGGGUCAGGGCGACCAAGGAACACCCGCAUGGGUAAAACUUGGUUUAGAGUACGAGGUGUGGAGGGACCGAGUUGCUAGGGGCACGUGUAUGAAUUGUGGCAACUAUGGCCACACGUCUAGAAUGUGUCGAGGCAAGAAGGUCACGACGAGGGUAGCCUCACCAACGGUGGUGGGACUUUCUUCGAACUCUGGCGGUGCUUCUGCGAGCACUUCGCAGGGAAACACCUCGGGCCAGUAGGAGUCUUAGCUGCCCUUACUCGCGUUGAAGUGGUAACGUU